AUGGCCGAUGUGCUUCACUGGAAUACAGAAACCUUGAAUAAGGUCAUCGACCUAAAGAUUACGAAGGAUAUUGACGACGCCGAUACAAAAAUUCCAGUCAAGACUCCCACCACUCGCCUUGUUAUAUUGAGAUACCAAAUCGAUAUAUGUGGCCAGAUAUCUGCUGAGCUUGCACAAUUGUUGAUCAGGUACUGCCCGACUGUAGAGGGAAAGGCUUUCCUGAAGAAUAAGCUUGAAAAACAGGAGAAUUGGGAUGCGAUUAUGAAGCAACAUGUAACCUGUGCAAAACUCAUGCAACUAGCAGAACCAAAAGAACGGUGGCCUGGGGAUCUCUUUUCCGAAUUCAUUCAGAUAUUGCCCAAGCUGCGCCCGCGCUAUUUCUCCAUUGCGUCUUCUCAUAUGGUGGAUCCGGAAUCUAUUGCUUUGACUGUUGGCGUUGUUGAAACUCAGCUAUCGCAGAACGACAACUUCUUUGGUCUCACUACAGGAUAUCUGCGUGCAUUGGGUGAUAAAUCCAUAAUUGAUAGCAACAACGAAUCUGAAUUCUCAGAUGCCUCCGCGGUGGCGCGCCCUCACUACAACCUAGCCGGACCUCGCUCGAUCCUUAACGGUCGCAGAAUAUUUGCCCACGUUCGACACUCUGCGUUCAACCUUCCUAAUGUCCCAACAUUGCCAAUUGUCAUGUUUGCCGCUGGAAGUGGAAUUGCACCCUUUCGUGCGUUUGUUCAGGAGCGUUUGGGUUUAAAGAAGAAGGGAAAGGAAAUAGGUCCGAUGACCCUUUUCUUUGGAUGUCGAUCAAGGGAUGACCUCCUUUAUGGUGAUUUGUGGGAGGAUGCAGUCAGCUUGGGAGUUUUGAAAACGCACUUUGCACUAUCCACGCAUUUGGUAGAUGGUAAGUAA